AUGGACGAUAACAAUGAUUCUAAUGGCUCCAGUGACUCUGAGGAAUCUGACUUGGAUUCUAAUGCUAUUACAUUAUCUGGGUUUGAUUUUUGGGAGGCUCGAGCACCUAGUGUGGGUGCCGCCAGUGAUCGGAAUCCUGGUCUUCCUGGAAAUUUGCAGCUAGAAGCUGACUUUGACUCGGAGAUGUGUAUGGACCCUCAGCCUAGUUCUAUCCCAAUUCAGAAUUGCGCUCCUGGAGGCACCUCUUUGCUUGAUCACAAUGCUCUUCGUGCAUCUCCUGCCUUUGUGGAUUGUUUUGAAGGGCAUGCGGGUGCACCAAUACAUACUAUACACCCUGAUCUGACUAGAUAUGCGUCAUACGGAGAGAAAGUUGGAAGCAAAGAGAACCGAUGGGCUCCGUUUUCUUCAGAAAUGGAUUGGAAAAUUGCACAGUGGGCCAAAUUGCAAGGGCCUAGUGCGACCGCCUUCAAUGAACUGCUGGAAAUUGGUGGACUUUGCUCGAUGCUAGGCCUUUUGUACAAAAAUUCCAAGGAAUUAAAUCAACUGAUCGACAAAAGCCUUCCUAGAAAGAGACCCACUUUUGAGUGCCGUGAAAUUGAAGUAGAAGGCGAAGUGCUUGAAUACUUUAGUUGCGAUGUUUUGGAAUGUAUUCGUGAGCUGUAUGGCAAUCCAGAACAUGCCCAAUAUCUUGCAUUUGUACCAGAACGUCAUUAUUCGGACGCCAAUCGUACCAUGAGGCUGUACCAUGAAAUAUAUACCGGAAGAUGGUGGUGGAGCACACAGGCAAGUUGUAAUCUUUUCUGCGGCCUAUGA